AUGGCAGCCGAACAGAAUACUCCAGAUGGUACUCUUUUGGUGGAUUAUGACUACUGGGGAGACGACUCUGACACGGACUCCGGGCUUGGAAGGUCCCAGCAAUCAGUAUUCAGCGAGAGCUUGAGGUCGUCGGUGUUCAACUACCGAUAUGAAAACGGUCGCACGUACCAGUCGUAUCGCGCCGGAGCAUACCAUCUCCCCAAUGACGAGGAGGAGCAAGAUCGGCUAGAUCUGCUACACCACAUAUGCAAAAUGCUGCUCGGUGGGGAGCUGUUCACGGCACCGCUCCCUCGAGAUCCACACCGGAUACUAGAUAUCGGCACUGGAACGGGGAUAUGGGCAGUUGAGAUGGCCGAUCAGUUCCCCAGCGCCCAGGUUUUCGGUACAGAUCUCAGUCCAAUACAGCCACCCUGGGUUCCGCCCAACCUGCAGUUCUACGUCGACGACGCAGAAGCCGACUGGACGUGGGCAGAGAACGAGAAGUUUGAUUUCAUCCACGGACGAGGUCUUUGCGGCGGCAUUGGUAACUGGCCCAGAUUCUACGCACAAGCUUGGAGGAGUGUCAAGCCGGGAGGAUGGAUGGAGAUGCAAGAGCAUUCCAUAGGGUUCUUCAGCGAUGAUGGUGGGUUGGAGCGUGCAACCGCAUGUGUAUCGGCCGUUAUGGAACUGGAACGGGCCAGCGAAAGGGUCGGGAAACCUCUCAAUGUCGCGCAUCUCCACAGACAGUGGAUGGUUCAAGCUGGGUUCCAGGACGUGCAGGAAGUCGUUAAGAAGGUUCCCAUCGGACCCUGGGCGAAAGAUCCCAAGUUGAAGGAGAUUGGGUCACUGUAUCGGACCCAGAUGGUCCAGUCAGUCCCAUCUUUCAUGCUGGCCUAUUACAAGCAGAUCUUGAAUCAUAGUGACGAGGUGACAGAGACUGCAAUGGCGGAGGUAAAGGAGGAGUUUAUGGACCGAAAGCUUCAUCUUUACCAACGUUGGUAUUUUGUGAAGGGGCGGAAGCCGAUGUGA